AUGGCAGAAACUGUAACGAAUUCGAACUCGGUUGACAAUACUACUGUAUCGGCAACUCAAAGUUCUGAACAAUCUAAUGAGUCAACUCAAAUACAACUUGAUGAAACUUUUGGCAUAACACUUAAUUCCGAACAUGAAAAAAUAUUAAAUGACCAAAUCCUUCCUGGAAAAACGAAAGCAUCUUAUAGUCAAUUAUAUCGGUUUGCUACGAAACGCGAUUGGUUGAUUAUGAUUAUUGGUCUGGUAUUUGCUGGCUCUGCCGGUGCAACUAUGUUUGUUAUUUUACCAUUAUCGUCUUAUAAUUUCGUAGUUGUUACAGUUAUUACAUAUUUUAUAAUUAAUAAAAUUUUGAUUUAUAGGCAGGCUCGGAGCAUUCGGGAAAAUUAUCUCCGUGCCGUUCUCCGCCAAAAUAUUGCCUAUUUUGAUGGUAUUGGUCCCGGUGAAAUUACUACUCGCAUUUCUUCUGACACUCAUUUGAUUCAAGAUGCUGGAUCUAUUGCCGAAGAAUCAAUUUCUGCUAUUAGAACUACCGUAUCAUUUGGUGCUCAAAAAAAACUAUCUGCUCUUUACGAUGCUUAUUUAGUACAUGCAAAGCGUGAAGGAAUUAAAAAAUCAAUCACAAAUAGUUCUGGUGUUGAUAUACAAGCUUUUGGACUUGCUGUCGGUGCUGGUGCAAAGAUUUUUGAAACAAUUAAUCGUAUUCCGCCGAUAGAUUCUUAUUCUCAAGAUGGUGAACAACCUUCUAGUUGUGAAGGUCGAAUUCAAUUUAAAAAUGUUUCAUUUGUUUAUCCUUCUAGACCUAAGGUUCAAACUUUAAAUGAUGUAUCGUUGGAUAUUGAACCUGGUACUACAGUCGCUCUUAUUGGUACUUCUGGAUCUGGAAAAAGUACAAUCAUAUCUUUAUCUCUCCGAUUUUAUGACCCAAUUUCUGGUGAAAUACUUCUUGAUGGUCGCAAUAUCAAAUCUCUUAACCUCACAUGGCUUCGUAAACAAAUGAGUCUUGUAGGACAAGAACCUGUACUUUUCAAUACUACCAUUGCUGAAAAUGUUGCUCAUGGAUUAAUUGGUUCAAUUUAUGAAAAUAUUUCUCAAGACAAAAAACGUAUAAUGAUUGAACAUGCAUGUCAAAUGUCAAAUGCUCACGGAUUUAUUAUGAAACUUCCUGAUAAAUAUGAAUCUAUGGUUGGUGAAGGUGGUGUCUUAUUAUCUGGUGGUCAAAAGCAACGUAUCGCUAUUGCUCGUGCUAUUGUAAAAGAUCCAAAAAUAUUAUUAUUGGAUGAGGCUACUAGUGCUCUUGAUUCUCGAAGUGAAGGUAUUGUUCAAGAUGCGUUAGAUAAAGCCUCUAAAAAUAGAACAAUUAUAGUAAUGAGUGAAGGUGCCAUUUUAGAAAGCGGUAAUCAUGAUGAACUAAUGGCUAAAAAAGGUGUCUACAGUAAACUUGUCGAAGCUCAAAAACUUAAACAAGCAGAGGAAAAUGAUGAAGUUUUAGAUAAAUCUAUUAUUCCUCCAGAAGAUACUGAUCCUUUAAUAACUUCAAAUCAAGCGGAUAUUGUCCCAGAAGAAGAUCAUCAACUUGGACGUGUCACUACAAAUAAAUCUGUGUCAUCUGCUGUUUUGGCUGCCAGAAACGAAGACCUUGAAGCUAAUACAAAACAUGAUUAUGAGUAUACAACAUGUGAAUUAAUCAAAAAAGUUGGAAAAAUAAAUCGUCCCGAAUUACCAUUUAUUUUCAUUGGUUUACUUGCUUCAAUUGUUAAUGCUGUAGCUACAUCAGUUGCUAGUAUUAUUCAAGGUGCAACUUUUGGUUAUUCUAGUGAAUCUCUUACUCGUAAAAUUCGUUCAAUAUCAUUCGAUUCAAUGUUGAGACAAGAUAUUUCAUUCUUUGAUGAAGACAAACAUACUACUGGUUCUUUAACUGGUAUUUUAGCAUUAGAUGCUACUUAUGUUAAUGGUUUGGCUGGUCUUACUUUAGCUUAUGAAACUUCUGCCAAUGUUGCUUGUGAAAGCUCGGGAAAUAUUAGAACUGUUGCUGCUCUUACUCGUGAAGAAGAUGUAUUAAAGAUUUAUCAUAAUAUGCUUGAUGAACCAAUGCGUGAAGGAUUUAAGAAUGCGUUUUUAGCUUCAGUCGCAUUCGCUUUUGCACAAUGUGUUACCUUUUUAACAAAUGCUUUGGCAUUUUGGUAUGGUGGUAGAUUAGUUAUGGAGGGUGAAUAUGAUCUUAAAAGAAUGUUUACUGUAUUUAUGGCUGUUAUAUUUGGUUCAAUGUCUGCUGGUCGUGCAUUUGCUUAUGCACCUGAUAUGGCCAAAGCUAAAGUCGCUGCUGCAUCUAUAAUGUCAAUAGUGGAACGUGUUCCCACAAUUGAUGCUUGGUCUACUGUUGGUAAAAAAAUUGAUAAAGUUGAAGGACAUCUUAAAUUCACAAAGGUACAUUUUCGGUAUCCAACUCGACCUCAUGUUCCAGUACUUCGUGGUCUAGAUAUUGAAAUAAAACCUGGUCAAUAUGCUGCAUUAGUUGGUCCUUCAGGAUGUGGUAAAAGUACUACUAUUAGUUUAACUGAACGAUUUUAUGAUAUAACUGAUGGAAAAAUAGAAAUUGAUGGAAUAAACAUUACUACUCUAAAUGUUAGUAGUCUUCGGGAACAUAUCGCGUUGGUUAGUCAAGAACCAUCUUUAUAUGAUAUGACAAUUAAAGAGAAUGUGAUUUUUGGGUGUCGACCAGGACAAGAACCAACUCAAGAAGAGAUUGAGAACGCCUGUCGUCAAGCACAUAUUCAUGAUUUUAUAGUUGGCUUACCUGAUGGUUAUGAAACUUCUGUUGGAGGAAAAGGAAAACAACUUUCAGGUGGUCAAAAACAACGAAUUGCUAUUGCAAGAGCUCUUAUUCGAAAUCCCAAAAUUUUAUUACUAGAUGAAGCAACAUCAGCUUUAGAUUCACAAGCAGAAAAGAUUGUACAAGAAGCAUUGGAUGCUGCUGCAAAGG